UGAAAGCCAUCAUAGCUAGCUGUACUGUGUCUGCUGUGAAAACUCUGGGCAGCGCACAGGAUUUUCAUCAUAUGCAAUUUACAGCGAUUGGCAGGAUAGUCUAGUCUCUGCCUUAGACGGCACGCUCAGUCCGUUCAUUGACUGCCAGAUGUAUAUUGCACGCUAAAUUAGAAAGCACUUUGUUGGUCUGGCAAGCUCUUAUCUGAUAGGCUGACUUCACCUAACCUCCAGGAGUAAAAUAGUGGAGGGUUUUUUAUCAGAUCGUCUGGAAACAAAGUCGUGGUUGUGGGUACGACAAGUGCUUUUGAGGAUGAAAUAAUCACUGGAUUUGUCAGGAAGAAUGUAAGCAGAUCAUGGCCCGUCAGAAGUCCAACUCGCAGUCGGACUCUCAUGAUGAUGAAAUUUCUCCUCCUCCUCCAAACCCGGUGGUGAAGGCCCGACGCCGGAGAGGCGGAGUCAGUGCUGAGGUCUACACGGAGGAAGAUGCCGUCAGCUACGUCAGAAAGGUCAUUCCAAAAGACUACAAGACCAUGACGGCCCUGGCUAAAGCCAUUUCAAAGAAUGUCCUUUUCGCCCACUUGGAUGACAAUGAAAGAAGUGAUAUAUUUGACGCCAUGUUCCCGGUCACACACAUCGCUGGGGAGACGGUCAUCCAACAAGGUGAUGAAGGAGAUAACUUCUAUGUUAUUGACCAAGGAGAAGUUGAUGUGUAUGUUAACGGAGAAUGGGUGACCAGUAUCGGAGAGGGAGGCAGUUUCGGAGAGUUGGCUCUGAUCUACGGGACUCCGCGAGCUGCUACCGUUAAAGCCAAGACUGACCUGAAGCUGUGGGGUAUAGACAGAGACAGCUAUCGACGCAUCCUCAUGGGAAGCACAUUGAGAAAGAGGAAGAUGUAUGAAGAGUUUCUGAGUAAAGUGUCCAUACUUGAAUCUCUCGAUAAGUGGGAGAGGUUGACGGUGGCUGAUGCCCUGGAGCCUGUGCAGUCUGACGAUGGAGAGAAGAUCGUCGUUCAGGGAGAACCUGGAGAUGACUUCUUCAUUAUAACAGAGGGCACGGCGUCCGUUCUGCAGCGCAGGUCUGAUAAUGAAGAAUACGUUGAAGUGGGCCGCCUGGGUCCGUCUGACUACUUCGGGGAGAUAGCCCUGCUGCUAAACAGACCCCGGGCGGCUACGGUUGUGGCCAGGGGUCCGCUCAAGUGCGUCAAGCUGGACCGGCCGCGUUUCGAGCGCGUCCUCGGACCCUGCUCCGAGAUCCUCAAGAGAAACAUCCAGAGAUACAACAGCUUCAUAUCUCUCACAGUCUAACCCGACCAUCUGACACGUGUCGUGAGGUCCCAGACCUCCUUCAGGUGACUCGGGUGUCUGGUUGCAUAAAACAAUUUACGACGUAAUUCGUCGGUUUCACUUAAAUCGUUCGCUCUGAAUUUGGUACGUUCUGUUGAUGUUGAACUUAAGUUCUUUUAUGCAGCCAAGCAUUCCAUUAUUAUUUGCGAGAAGUGCUCUGCCGUUUUCCUUUAUUUGCGUACGUACACUUUGAAUUGACCAAUGCUGUCACAAAGCAUUAUCUGCGCAGGAAAUGAUGUGCCCAAACAGACUGAAAUGAAAAUCGACGUGGCAUGUGUCAAUGUUUUGCAACAUGUGAUGCAUGCAGACCAGAAAUGCGUUUCGCAUACUUGCCAUUCAGAUCCAGCAGACUGUAAUGAACGAUGAGGAAAUUGCGGUGAUAUAAUGGAAGGCACGACUAUAUGUUUACACAGAAGAGCGUGUAUUUUGAUGCUGUGCUGUUGUUGGGUCUGUUUUUGGUUUAUUUGACUACUCUGACCCUGUGAGGAUGAAUCUCACGAAACCGAAAAUACGCAAGAAAUACAAAUGUAUGUAUUGCUUAUGGAAAAUGAAACUUCUGUCAUCAUUUACUCUUGGCAUUUCAAACCUGUAUGACUUUCUUUCUUCUGCAGAACACACAAAAAAAUGUAAAGAAAGUUGGUAACCGAACUGUGCCGGCACGCACCCAUUCACUUCUAUUGAAUGAACACAAAACCAAUGCAAGUGAUUGGGGACCAGUCAACAGCAUUCUUCAAAAUAUCUUCUUUUGUGUUCUGUAGAAGAGGUUGUGCAAAUGAUAACAGAAUUUUCAAUUUUGAGUCACUUUAAGCCUAUUUUUGGGACUGUUGAGAUUUUUCAUUAUUUAAAAAACGACAAUGCACAUUUAACCCCAAAUUCUAUGAUAUUGUCCUGCAUUUAAACAUCAUGGUAGUGUUUGUUAUACUGAUUUUUAAAAUACUAUAUUAUGUAAUGAAAAAUGCUUGAUUGUCAGAAAACAUUCAACAAUUUCAGUCCCAAAACGAGCUUUAUUUUCUCUUUAUGCCAAACGCGUUUUUGUGAGAUUUACCCGUUUACUGAAAAUACAUAUUUUGCUUUUCUGUAGUAAUAUUUGGGUCUUGGCUACAUUAUGCUUCUAACACUGGAAAUGUCGGGAAGGGGUUUUGUUACAUUUCAAGAGAUGGGGUUUAAUAAAGAACCGUGUGGAAGGGGAUUUCAUGCUCAGCGUCCGAUCGACGUUAAUUCAAAAAUGCAGUUUUUCCAAAAUGCAGUCGUAUUAUAAAACCACAUGACACUCUUGAGGCCAUGACACAUUUACUCUAGAAGGUACUGUGAUAAAUAUAUUCUUCAAUGUAAACUGAAAAAUGGCAUUUGCUGUGUCUCAAAAUCUAAUGAGCCGUGAAUGGCCAAAAUACUAGGAUUAGAGACACAGCCAUUGUUUGUUUGUUGUAAUUUAAGGAGAGGGUGGGCUUUUUGCAAUUUAGUGGUUUUAAAUGAGUGCGUUUGAGUUUAUCUGAAUGCAUUUGGGAGGAGAGAUUGUGCAUGCUUUGUUUCAGGGUUUUGAAACACGCACACACACACACACCAGCCCUUACACACAUUCUGCUCUUCAGACCAAUAAAGAAAAGCUUCUGAACACCAUUAAAUGCUUUGCUGCCGUUUAAUGCAUCUAUUUGUCUUUCCUGCAAGAGCCUUUGAUCUCUUCUAGAUCACCUUAUCAUUCAUGCUGUCGGAUCUCUCUCUCUCUCACUGCCAGUCAGAUGUCAGCUUGUAUUGUCAGUGGAAGGAGAGGCUCGUGAGAUUAAACUCCAGCUUUUGGCUUUGACACAUUCCAUCAGAUCUUAACAACACUAAAUCAACUAGGGAAUGUACUGAAGUCCACCACUCAAGCCUUUAAAACACAAACACUCUUUAAUGUAAUUGCCUCAAACCCAAUUAAUGACCUUUUGUAAUACGAUCAGCUAAUGUUUCUGUUUUGUAAUAAGAUCCACUCAUUUCUUACAUGUUUAAAAGCUGCAAGUGUGUUUUUCCUCUUUUUUUUUAAAUUGGCAGGC